GAGGAGGGAACUCUAAAAGGACGAUUUAGAGAAAUAGAAGGCAUUCUGCCUCUGAGCUCAGUUCCAGUCCCUGGAGGGCAGCGGGCAUCAGCUGAGCACCAGGUGGACAACCCAGGCAGCAGGAUAUGUGGCUGCUCUUGGUUCUCUUCCUUCCUGUCGUCCAAGGCUCAUCUGCUCUCAGAGCAGUGUCCAGUGCAGUGAGUGGCCCACUGCGGGGCUCACUGACCGUACAGUGUCGCUAUGAACCCGGGUGGGAGACCUACCAUAAGUGGUGGUGUCAAGGAGCCAAGUGGAGUGACUGCCAUAUCCUCGUUUAAACCGAUGGAUCAGAGCGGGAAGCGAAGGGUGACCGAGUGUCCAUCAAGGACAACUGGAAAUCGCGCACAUUCACCGUGACCAUGGAGGACCUCAGGUGGGACAGUGCAGACACUUACUGGUGUGGGAUCGAGAAGUCUGGAACGGACCUUGGGGUUGAUGUUAAAGUGACCAUUGACCCAGUGACCGUGCAGUGUCACUACGGCCCGGGUUGGGAGACCUUCGUGAACUCAUGGUGUCCGGACACGGAUUUGAACAGCUGCCGCAUCCUUGUUCAAACCACCGGACCUGAGCUGAGGAAGAACCAGCUGUCCAUCAAUCAGAAGAAGCGCACGUUCUCCAUGGCCAUUUGGGGCCAGUGAAACAAAUA